AUGAUGGCGGAUAUUGGAACAGAGAUAGAGAAAGUAGAGAUGUUGGAUCCAGAGACGGAGUUUCUGGCAUCGAAGCGAGAGACGGGGAACGAGUGGGAGCUGUAUAAGGAAAAUGUAAGGCCCCUGAAGAGAGGCCGCAAAAUCGCCAUCUUAAACGACGCUCUCAAAGCUCACAACGACAAUGACAUCAAGAAGUCCCUCUUUGACCAACGAAGGCGAUUGAUUCAAGCGAUUGACGAGUAUAAAGGAGAAGACCCUCUCCACCCAUGGCUUGAGUGUAUCAAGUGGGUUCAGGAAGCAUUUCCACCUGGUGGAGAUUGCUCAGGGUUGGUUGUGAUGUACGAGCAAUGUGUGCGUACAUUUUGGCAUUCAGACCGUUACAAGGAUGAUCUCCGCUAUCUCAAAGUCUGGUUGGAAUAUGCUGAAAAUUGUGCGGAUGCUCAAGUCAUAUACAGUUUUCUCGAUGCAAAUGAAAUUGGGAAGACACAUUCUGUGUUCUACAUAUCAUAUGCUUUGGUCAUGGAAUCCAAGAACAAGAUGAAAGCUGCCAAUGAAAUAUUUAAUCUUGGAAUUUCCAGGAAUGCUCUCCCCAUAGAAAAAUUGAAGGAUGCAUAUAGGAAAUUUAUUGCUCGCUCAAUGAGCAGACCAAAAGCUUCAGAGGAGGAUUCAACGGAGAAACGCUUACCCAUCCGAAGCUUUGGAACUGUCCUUUCCAGGGGAGAAAAUAGAAUGCAGACUUUGGACAGCUCUGAUCUUUCUAGGAAGGAUUCAAAGGCAAAAGGGGAUCGUGUUCUGGCUCCAAUUAACAUUAACAUUUAUAAGGAUUCAAAUUCUGCUGAUAUUGGCUCUCAUCACCAUCCAGACGUGUCAAAGCCAGACGUGAAUUCUUGGCACAGCCUUGGACCUAGGGCAGAGAGAAACAAAGAAAAUAAUGCAAUCCCUACCAAGUGGAGAUCAUACAAGAUUCCACAGAGACCUGGAUCUAGAACUAGAGGAGCAGGUGCUAGUAGUGCCUGUAUUGAGGUUUUUGUUGAUGAAGAAUGUGAAGAGACACAUAGAAAGAAUGUUGAGAGUGCCAAAUCUUCAGCCUUGCAGCUUCGACAGGAGGAAGAGCGAGCUCUCAAAAGGGAAACGGAUUUGUUGCGGGAGGACCCCUUACGCAAUUUCCCUUCCAACAGCCUUCCUAGAUGA